AUGGGAAGGACCAAUGAUUCCAUAGUGACAGAAUUUGUCCUGGUUGGACUUUCUUCCCACCCAAAGCUCCAGACAGCUUUCUUUGUGCUAGUUUUGUGGAUGUACCUGAUGAUCCUUCUGGGAAAUGGUGUCCUUAUCUCAGUAAUCAUCUAUGAUUCCCACUUGCACACCCCCAUGUAUUUCUUCCUCUGUAAUCUUUCCUUUCUGGACAUUUGCUACACAAGCUCUUCUGUCCCACUAAUUCUUAACACCUUUCUGACAGUAAGGAACAGUGUUCCCUUCUCUGGGUGCAUGGUGCAAAUGUUUCUCUCCUUUGCAAUGGGGGCCACAGAAUGUGUGCUUCUAGGCAUGAUGGCACUUGACCGCUAUGUGGCCAUCUGCUACCCACUGAGAUACCCUGUCAUCAUGACCAAAGCUGUCUACACGCUCAUGGCAGCUGGGUCCUGGGUCUCUGGGCUUGUCAAUUCAGUGGUACAGACAUCUCUCGCAAUGCAGUUACCAUUCUGCGCUAACAAUGUCAUUAACCAUUUUGUCUGUGAAAUUCUGGCUAUCCUAAAACUUGCCUGUGCUGAUAUUUCAAUCAAUGUGAUCAGCAUGGCAGUAUCAAAUCUGAUGUUUCUGGUUAUUCCAUUGCUAGUAAUUUCUAUCUCUUACACUUUCAUUGUUGCUACUAUUCUGAGGAUCCCUUCCACUGAAGGAAAACGUAAGGCCUUCUCCAACUGCUCAGCCCACUUGACAGUGGUGACUAUAUUCUAUGGAACAGUUUUCUUCAUGUACUCAAAGCCCAAGUCGUCCAGGUCUGUUGGCACAGAUAAUCAAGACAUCAUUGAGGCCCUCAUCUCCCUCUUCUAUGGAGUGGUAACCCCUGCACUCAAUCCUCUCAUCUACAGUCUGCGGAACAAGGAUGUAAAAGCUGCUGUGAAGAACUUGCUGGGCAGGAAAAACUUCUCUGAUGGGACAUGA